GGGCGAAACUUCGGGGGCCAGAUGCCCGAGGGCGCGGCGGCGCUGCCAGGCUGCCGCUGCUGCCCCUGCGGGCCCCGGGCGCGUCUCCGCAGGCGGCACUGCCUGCGGCGCGGCGUGUGCACCGAGCGAGUGAAGGUAUGUGUGGCGGGCGCGGCUGGAGCUGCCGCCGCCGCCGCCGCCGCCGCACCAGCAGGUCCUAAUGCCUGUCACUUCCCAGGACGCUGGCAGCAGCAGCCCGGAGCCCCCGAGCCCUCCGCAGGUUUGCCUGUCCUUCCCCGCGAUCUGAUUGGAUAAAGUGGGGGCUCGACGGUGGCCGACGUGGGACAGUCUGGCUGUGGCAGGGGUCUCGGAAACCAUGGGUUAUUGCAGUGGCAGGUGCACGCUUAUCUUUAUCUGUGGCAUGCAACUGGUUUGUGUGCUGGAGAGGCAAAUAUUUGACUUCCUUGGAUAUCAGUGGGCACCUAUCCUGGCAAAUUUUGUACAUAUUAUUAUCGUCAUUCUUGGUUUGUUUGGAACUAUUCAAUAUAGACCUCGUUACAUAACAGGAUAUGCUGUCUGGCUAGUCCUCUGGGUUACGUGGAAUGUGUUUGUUAUCUGCUUCUAUUUGGAGGCUGGGGACCUCUCAAAGGAAACAGACCUUAUCCUGACUUUUAAUAUAUCAAUGCACCGAUCUUGGUGGAUGGAGAAUGGACCAGGAUGUACGGUGACGUCAGUGACACCGGCCCCAGACUGGGCCCCAGAAGACCAUCGCUACAUCACGGUCUCAGGGUGUUUGCUGGAGUACCAGUACAUAGAAGUGGCUCAUAGUUCCCUCCAGAUUGUCCUCGCACUGGCAGGUUUCAUCUACGCCUGUUAUGUUGUGAAAUGUAUAACUGAAGAAGAGGACAGCUUUGAUUUCAUAGGUGGCUUUGACUCUUAUGGCUAUCAAGGGCCUCAGAAGACAUCUCAUUUACAACUACAGCCUAUGUACAUGUCAAAAUAAUACAGAUGACUUCAGUAUGUCAGCCCACGAACCUUUCAAAGAACUUUUUUCGCAGUGGCCUCCUGCAUUUUAUGAAGAGCAAGAAGCAACCGAGUUUAAAUACAUAUACGUAUUAACAAAACAAAUGCAAAGCCUCUACAUACAACACUGACACACACACACGCACACACACACACGCACACACACACACGUGAGCACGCACACACCAAUUCCACUUGACCUCCUCUUUCUAACUGAGACAGACAAACAUGCAGGACACGCCCAUCUUGGAUUUCCUGAAAGCAGGCUCCUUUCUCCCAGGCCUUUGGAAAGUUCAAAAGGAGAUGUGUUGAUGCCCAACGGUUGCUGGCCAUUGCUAACUCCUCUGCAGCCCAGCCGGUCGGCCUCUGUGAGCUGGGAAGUCAUCCAAGGCACAUUAGUUUGAGAGCUCUGUCUUCUGCACUCCACACAUCUUGACAGCACCACGGCUACUUAGGCAAUGUAAUUGCAAAAACAAACAAAACAUGUCAUGAUGACCUUGUACCCGAAGUCCGAAAUGGCAGAUUGUUUGCCCUAAAGGCUGUACCGUACAUACUUGCCUUAACCCACCUAUGUUGUGUGCCCAAGAAUCUCAGUGCAGACAGCCCCAAGUCACUUCCUUUAGGCUAACACACUGCUAUUAAUUCUGAAUGAGUUCAAGCCUGUGUGUUUCAUGUCAAGGAACAAGACUGAAUAGCUCAGCAGCUCCAGUGUGUCUGUAUAAGAAAAGUGCCAGCUGUCAGCAAAGUGCUUUACCAUAGAGCCUCCAUGGUGGCCCAAAAGAGACAAGUAACAAUAACAAUAUUUGUCAUCUUUGUAAUUCUAAAAUAUGGUCUUCUGAUGGGGUUGGGGAUGGGACAGAGUAAAACAUUAAUCUACUAAACUCACUAAUCUACUGGAAGCAGAAAGCAGAAAUGGCUUAACUCGCUGAUUUUAUUUAUUGCACUCUAGGUGCUUUUAUAAGUAUCUACAAUUGUCUUUUACUAACACAGAAACAGCUGUGGAUUUCUAUCAACAGAGGCCAACUGAAUAUGUAUUAGCUAUGUUUACUCUUUUAUAUCUAAUUCAAAUUGAAGACUCUACGUAGGUGAACUUUUUUUUCUAACUUCAGCGUACAAGAUUAUUUUUGGGUGGGUGGGGGGAGCAAUAGUUACCUUGGUGAAAUAUUUGAGAUCUUUUUGUGGUAUUUGGGGGAUCUGUUGUGUGUUAGAGUGUAUUUCAAUCCUCCUGUAUUAUUGUGGCAGAAAAAAACUGUGCUGUUAACGUAGUUGGCAACAAGAUGCCUUUGGAAACUUAAUAGUAGGUCAAUGUGUUUAUGGAAUAUUCUGAACUCCUAGGAAAUUUCGUUCUAUAUUUUAAAGCAUUAUUUGGUUUUCAUUAGUGGAAAACAUAAUUAGCUCAGGCUUAUCAGGAACUCAGAUGAGUCGUAUCUUUUCUUGGAUACACCUGAGACAUUAAACUCAAUUUUUUGAAACUAACACACCAUUCUUUAGUGCAGUGAAAUUCAGAAGUUAUAAAUUGGCAUGGAGCAAGUUUUUUCUUUGAUUUCUAUGAAGUUUCAGUUAUUGGAUUAAACUACUUUGGACCUUAGCCCAUUCAGAUCUACAUACACCAGUUCCAUUACUGUGUUUGCAUGGAUGUCUGUAAUAUACACACACAGAAACAUUUGAAAAUGAUAGAGGAACAAAGAGUUAUCAUUGGAACAUAAACUAUAAAAAAAGAUUCCAGCACUCAUGCUUGAAUUUCCUCAGUGGGUUGUGUGUUUGUCCAUACAUACAUGUAUAAAAUAAACAAUUGCGAACAUGUCAGUGAAACCUCAUAAGACGCUUUUAUAGUGACGUGCAUGUUUAAUGUAUGAGAAAAAUAUUUACCAAUGUAUUGUCCUUUGAUUCCUAAAAUAUAAAUACUAUACAUGCCACAAACUAUUCUAAUGUGACUUUUAAUGUGACUAUUAAAAUGAGGUUUCACUGUACGUUCAUGCUGUGGUGACAUUUCACCUUAUACUACAUGUAUAUGGCUACAGAAAAUAAGCCCUCAUAUUCCUGCUUUCAGUUACAGCCAAGUUUUCACCAAAUCAUGACUAUCAUCACCACCAAAAUUUUAAAAAACAGUAGUUGACUACUAAAAAGUAAUAGGUGGACAGGUCUUUUAUGGGAGUAGUAAGCACAGUAGUGUGAUUAUAUCUGGGAAAACAUCUACAGUUGUACAGCUGUAUCCUCCUCAAAAUCCGGUGAAGAAUGCUAUUUUUCUAGGCUGAGCUUUUGUUAUAAACCUAAUAUUCAGAAGGCAAGAGUUAUGAUCCUGAUGUGUCCUUUUUUUUGCAUUUGUUAAUUCUGAAUGUAUUUUUAACAGAGUGAUUUUUUUGACUUACUCGUGUAAUUUGCAUUUUAAAAAUAAAUGGAAAAAUGCUUAA